UCACAAUUCAUUCCUAUUCUCAUUAAAAAUUUUCAGUGAGAAGUUAAAAAGGAAAAGGUGGCUUAAAGUAGCUUUUGGAUGUGUUUGACUUUUAUACAAUUACGCCUUGUUCUGAAUGUCAGCGGGAGGAACCUUUUUCAUUCAGAGGCAGAUAUAAAAACAGAAUGUGGUCGAGUCAGUCAUAUGGGUUGACAUAACAGGGAUUCCUGCACCUCUGCUGGCACAGACUGGUUCCAGAGAGCUGAGGAAAGUCCCUGCUGUGCAAGAACUGCCUCCAAACCUGUCAACAUGCUGAUCCAAAAGGCCAUAAAUUGAUGGAAAAUCAAUAAGAUCAGCCAAUUUUCACGGAAUCUGCUGAGACUAAACCAGAAGAUCCCGAAGGGGUGCGUGAUGUCACACGUGUAACAAUCCAGGAAAGAUGACCACAAGAGUAUCGUUAGGGAAGAAGUACUUCAUUCUUCUAACUGGAAAGACAUUGAAGUCUGAUGAACACUUCGUAACUCGGCUCAAAAAUGAAGCAAACUGGCUGGAGAAGGUGGAGACAGUGAGUGCGUGUGAUUUCAUUCUGGCUUUCUGCCCUGUCGUUUCACAAGCUGGAACUGACAUUGAAGCAGCCGUGAAAAAGCUUCAUGAUACUUCAGCUACAAAACCUGCUGUUCUGGUGGUGCUCCAUCACACGUUUGAUCCAGAGUAUGCUGCACCAGACAGCAGCAGAGCUGUAAACACAGAGAAUAUAAUCACCUUCGACUGUCUGUUCCAUGAAGAUCAGGGAUUACUGCAGUGCAAGAAAAAUGAUGAUGUCUUUGAGUCCAUUAAAAUGCAGACAAAACCACCGAUGCAAAAACCAUUAAUGCUCUUGAAAGAAUGGAAACCUAAAAUCAGGGGUAAUGAACAAGGACCUUCCUCUCAGAUGCAAAAAGCAGCCAUCAACUUCAAAGAAUGGGGCCGUAAAAUCAGGGGUAAUGAACAAGGACCUUCCUCUCAGCCAUGUGACCCAGGGGAAAGUCAGGCCAAUCGGAAGAUACCUGAACAUGGACAUGCUUCUGAAAAGUUUGACACAGAGAUUACACGACUGGAAACAUUUGAAAAGGAAGAAGUUGAAAAGAAAAUGGAGUCACUUCUGAAUGCAGAUUUUUCUGAGUUAAUUCUUGCAACUGAACUGAGGCUGGUGCUGUUGGGGAGGACUGGAUCUGACAAGACUGCAGCAUUGAACAUCAUCCUGGGCAGAGAGGAGAGGAACCAGGCUGAUGCUGCAUCUCUAUCCACCCAGCAGAGUGAGAGCACACAGGGGGAAGUGGCUGGGAGGAGGGUGAUUGUGGUGGACAUGCCUGACUGGUUCUCUUCUGAACUCUCUUUGGAGGAGCUGAGACAGAACGUGGAACACUGUGUCCAUCUGUCUGCUUCAGGACCCCUCGUCUUUCUCCUGGUCAUACCUGCAAAGCAUUUGGAAGACACAGGAGUUCAUAAAGAACAGGAAGAGACAAUAUCGGAGCUGAAAGAUAUUUUUGGGAACAGAUUGUGGGGAAACAUCAUGAUCCUCUUCAUUGUUCAUGAUGAACUUCAGAAGAGUAACAUUGAGGAGUGUAUCCAAACAGGAAACUGGGCAUUUCACAGACUUGUAGAGAAAUGUGGGAAAAGGUCUCACUGUCUUAACAUUAUGGAGAGGGAAAAUGGUUCUCAGGUCUCAGAGCUGCUGGAGAAGAUAGAGAAGAUUGUGGAAGGAAACAAAAAUACAAGUGAGAUGAUUGGAAAAAUGCAGAGUGAAAGAGAGGCGAAGGUUGCAGCGAUCAGAAAAGAGCAACAUGAAAUGCAGAAAAGCCUCAGCACCUUUGAGAGUUAUAUUAAGGGUUAUGAAAAUGAUCUAAAAACCUUAGACAAAAAUUAUCUAAAAACCGUAGACAAAGAUGAUCUGAAAAAUAGAGAGAUGAUUCUCAAGCUGAAACAGGAGUACGAGUCAAAAAGAGAUAUUGGGCAACGUAUAAAGAAAAUGUAUGACAAUGUUGCAGGUCUGGAAGAAAACAGACGGUUUAUGAAGGUUAUUUUGCCAGAAAAUCAGCAAACUGUAUGGCUUUCACUGCCAGAUGAGCAGAACAAAAUGAUUCAGCAGCAGAAUGCGCUAACUCAACUUAAAGAAUUGUUUUUCAGAGUACCUGGAAAAGCGUCAGAUUAAUUAAAAUAUAUAUAAUUUGUGAGGAGGAUGAAGUUCUCUUCCUCUCUGUGUCCUCCCACUGUAUAAACCCUCAGCUGUCACUGCGAGACACACACACCCAUCAAUAAUAAGACACAGGUGUGAUCACUUUGCCACUCACCUUCCCUGGCCUCACCCUCCAUUCACAAACUGGCACUCGACCACACCCCUGCUGCCACAUACUGCAAGUCUGUAUGUUUUGUAUCUAGUUAUAAAGCUUAGCCCUUCAUAUUGUGGCACCAACUGCCAUCUGGUGCUCCCACAGUGCCUUGGGACGAUCAAAUCUUACAUUAUAUGGGUGAUAACAUCAGAAGCCCACAUCGGGUUCCACUUCUAUCAGCUGUGAACAGAAAGCUGAGGCUGCAAUGGGCACAGGCUCACCAAAAAUGGACAGCUGAAGACUGGAAAAAAUGUAGCCUGGUCUGAUGAAUCUCGAUUUCUGAUGAGGCAGACAGAUGGUAGGCUCAGAAUUUGGUGCCAACAGUUUCAAUCCAUAGAUCCAAAAGCACUGAGUUAACAGUACAGGCUGGUGGAGGUGGUGUCAUGAUGUGGGGAAUAUUUUCUUGGCACACUUUGGGCUCGUUAAUGCCGAUCGAUCGAAUGCCCCAGUCUGUGAGUAUUGUUGCUGACCAUGUGCAUCCCCUCAUGACCACAAUUUGAAAUUAACUGGAGACUGUUUCUUCUCUGUUGCCCCUUUUUUGUUGUUGCAUCUGCCACUAUAAUUAAAGUCUACAUUGAACUGAACAUUUGUUACAGUGACACUCAUACUGAAACUGGAAACAUCUUGUAUUUUUCCACAGCAGAGGGUAGUAAAAUGUACAUCAUCUUUGGCAGUGCUUCAGAAAAAUGUUUGAACAAAUAAUAAUUUAUAUAUAUAAAAUUAGUUUAACCAGAUGUCACUUAGAUCUAAUCUUAUGAUAGCAAUAAUACUAAAUAUAUUGAAUUAUUAAUCUUUUCAAAUUUGCUUUAAUUUUAAAUAUCCAAGUCAAUUAUAUAAACUUGAUCAGUUAAAUAUAGAAUAAAAGUCUUACAUUUCAUAUGCAGAAAUGAUCAUGUUUCAUAAAACACUAAAUUACAGGCUUUACAGAAACGGUGCAUUACAAAUGGUCUUUAAUAUAUGAUAUACUAAAUAUUUUUUGUUCAAUUUGUGCAUGAUUUUUAUUAAAGGUCUCAUGGCAUGAAAUUUUCACUUUCUGAGGUUUUUUAACGUUAAAAUGAGUUCCUCUGACCUUCUUAAGUCACCCCAGUGGCUAGAAAUGUCAUAAUGUGUAAACCAAACUAUGCCCACCCUUUGUCAACAUUUGAGAAUGGCGUGUUGAUAGGCUCUUCCCUUUAUUACGUCAGCAAGGGAGAUGAUCCCCACGCCCCCCCCUCUGGAUUCCCACCCACUGUAUGGAUUGCCCGCCCAGCUCAAAAGUUGCCACCAUAGAUACGUCACUUCAAUUUUGUAGCGAAGAGACCAUAGAGGACACAACAACAUAGCACCACCUAAGCGAGCGAAACAUGGAAAUUGCGCUGUACAUGGAUGUGACAACACAGAAAGGAGUCUGUUUUUACUGCCGACGGGAGAGCCCCUGAAGACGCAGUGGCUUAAUUUUAUUUAUCCAAUAAUACACCGUCGAGUCUACCUAAGACGGUGUAUAUUUAUCAGAAGCAUUUUCCUGAUGAAUGUUUCCACAACUUGGGACAGUACAGGGCAGGUUUUGCACAUCAACUGUCACUGAAGCCUGGGUCCGUACCAAGCAUCCCUGCCGCAUCAGCCACAAACACCGAACAAGUAAGUGUAUAACUGUUAAGUCGUUUUGCCGUGUUUUAAAAUCGGUGCGUUAGCCUUGCAAUGGCUACAUUAGCUGUGCAGCUAACCGCUUCCUGCAGUUAGCCAGGUACUCUGCGCUACAAAACCAAAAAGCAUGCAGCAUGCUCUGUUAAACUGAGUUUAGUCUGGAAAUUGACUGUAACUUAUGAGCUUAUGUUUGACUAUUGCUCCGCAAUGCAUGUCUUCUGUUGGAUAAGCGAUAUGUUGCUGUAGUUGCUGCUUCUGUCCUCUUUGGUUAUGGAGUGCGUCUUCAAGCCUAGGGUAUUAUAUGUUCGUAAACUACCACUCCGAACACUCUCACUCUCUGUUCUCUGUGUCACGUUGAGUUUACGAAAGAAGUCCGAGGGAGAACGGGGUUUUGUCUUAGCAGCGUGGCUACAGGCGCUGAUAGCAGCGAGUAUGUGAAAGCUUGGACUGUUGCUUGACCUGCCAUUGCUACUGUUCACACACAGGUAGCAUGCCCGCAGCUUGGUCAAGCCCCUCCCCCUCCCCCCAUGGCCCGCCCCCACCCUCUACCCUUCCCCGCCUCCAUGCUUCUCAUUAGCAAAACGACGCACUGGGAAAAGGGCUGAAAUGGGGCUUUCUCCCAGUAGGCUAUAUCUAUGUGCCGAGGGUUCAUUUUGAGAAAGCCUGCGGAUAUAACAUCCAGAAACCUCCACGAGCCCGUUUAAAGCAUCAACAAACCACCAUGCCAUGGGUCCUUUAAGUUCAACAAAACACAAGGAUGAACUACAAAUUGCUGUGAAUUUUUCUUCCAUAAAGCUGUAAAAUUAUUUUAAUUCUGAAACUGAACUAAAUUUAAGACACAUGGUGUGUUUUACAAAAAUAAGUCAUUGCAGAACUUCAAAAGGAAAGAGUACAACAUUUUCUGGUUAGCACUUUUUUUUUUAAGACUGUGAAAACUGUCA